UGCGCGAGAUAAUAGCCGCUCCCCUCAAACUUUGACAACAAGACGUGCCACUUGUUCAGUCUGUGGUCAACUUGGAGAGUGUUCGCACUGGCCGUUACCAUGUGGGCCGCAAGUGCCAGUGAAAUGGGUUAUCAUGAGUUUAUCAAAAAGCUGUAAGAGAAGUUGGGUGCACAGUGAGGAGAGGAGUGUGAAAUAGAUAGAGUGAAAGGGUGUGUGAUCUGGAACCGCCAGAGAGCCGUGCAUUAUGAGCAAAGGGCUUCUAAAAGGUCUUCGUUUCUCCUCUGGCCCCAGCUAUCUCCCAUCACUGUAGAGUCACGUGUGUGUCUGUGUAUGUGUCGAGUAGUUCUGAGAGAGGAUUAUUAAAAGGCCGGUUGGUUCGUGUUGGUUGUGAAUGCUUGCAGACUUGGAAAAGCACGUUUAUUGUAACCACACUGGAUACAUUUCUUGGAAGUGGCGAGGUGCAAGAGCCAUGAUGUGUGACCGGUGGUGGCAACUUGGCCUUCUGAAGAUGGCUACUGCCUUGGAGUACACUCCCCCUGUACUGGUAUUCCCACGCGAACCUCCAAGGUUUCUUCUGCCCGCCUAGAGCGACCAGCACUCUUCUAGCUGGCCAGCUGGUUGCUGCCACGGCUGCAGGAAACCAUUGGCACACUUCUCAGCCACAGUUUUCCCUGCUCCUGCUGGCCUGGCUGGCGAGAAACCAAGUGCAUUACCGCUAACCAUGUGAUAAUGUUGUGCCCUAACCCUGGACCUUCACUCGGCUCACUCGUCCACAUGGUCCCACACUAGUGCAGUUUCGUUAGUUGAAACCAUAGACUUUAUAAAGCCUGCCUUAGCGUGGAGGUGGAGAGUAGUGUGAGUGUGCAUCUUGACAAACUUUGAAGAUUUUAUGACACGAGGGCAGGACAAGAGUCUUUAGAGGCAAGGAGGUGUGUGAAAAACACCCCUAUCCCAAACCAAACAUCUCGAGCGAGUGACAUUUUUUAAUCCUGGGACGGAGGACAAAUUGGUUUACACUGGCUCUUCUUGUGCGGCUCCCGUCAUUCCGCCACCGUGGCAGGGGUGGGGGGAGGCACAGCAUUGGCUGGGGGGGCUGCCCCUGAUAAUAUGGCCGACUUUCAGCAGGGCAGACAAGUUGUUGUUGAUCGGCUGAAGCGUCGCCUGAGCCACUACCGUCAGAACCACAACUCCGUCAGUUCUCGCUUUGACACUUCCAUUCAGACUCAUUACACAGACCAGUCCAAACAGACCCUCUUGCUGAAACAGAGGCACAUAGAAUCCAAAGCUAAGAAAACUAAUAAGAAAACCACAGAAAAUAAGAAGCAGGAUAACUCUUCACUACUAGCCACCAUGGGGCAGUCAAAGAUGCUCGCCCGAGGGCACGACCAGACUACCUCGUCUGGUGAGACACACGAGAAUGAACCAGCCACCAAGAAGCAGCGGUUGAACAAUGGUGCGCCUCCACAUGGGGGUCCCCUCCACGGCAACCCAUCUCAUGCAGGGGGUCCUCCUCCACCCCACGGGGCAGGCCUGCAUCCAGGGGCCUCCCAGUCUUCUGGAUCCACUGGAGACAUUGGGGACCUACAGAUGGCGCAGCAGCUCCCUAACAUUAAAAAGACGGAGUCGCCUGUGCCUCUGGGAGCUGCUGUCUCCACAGCCAAUGGGCCACCAGUGGAUGAGGUGAAGAAAGAGCAACAGGAUCUGGACAUUAAUAUCCUGGAGGAGUUUGAUGAUUUCUCUAAUAUUGGUGAUAUGGAAGAUAUGGGCAUCAAUUUUGAUCAGUUCAUGAAUGACCUUGAUUUUGACAACAUGAAGACAGAAAACAGUAACUCAGGUUUGGCAGACCUUGUGAAAGAAGAAUCAGUAGACAAUCUCUUUGAAAAUGAGCCAUCAAGUGUGAGCAGUGACAGUGGUGUAGCAAGUGGUAAUGCUAAUUCUCAGAGUCCUCAAGUGAACAUGAGUAAGUCUGGAGGAACUCCCACCACCUUGGCCUCACCUGUGUUCACCCAGUACCCUGGAACACCCCCUGUGUCCCAUACCUCUACCCCACCUACCUCUUUCCCUCCAACUUCAUUCAAUCCCACAUCCACCUCCACCACCUCCAGCUCCCCAACUUCAUUCUCCACUCCUAGUAGUGUGCCAAAAAUACGCAUGAACAUGAGUCAGCCGGACAUGAUUCCUGCCGCCCAGACGCUGAAGCAGAUGGCCGAACAGCACCAGAACAAGAUGGUGUCCUCGGGGCCCAACCCCGUCCGGCCGAGCUUCCCCGACUACCAGCUGAACAACAUGAACAGUCCCGCUGGCCCUGGCAUGAUGGGGCAGACGGGGAGCAUCGGUAAUCAAAUGUACAAUAGCAACAUAAAUCAAACCAAUGCCAUGUACAACAAUCAAAAUAGUGGUAUGAGUGAAAUGGAAAUGAAAAAACGGCAGAUGAUGCAGCAGCAACAGCAGCAGAUGGUGCAGCAGCAGGUGCAUCAGUCUCAGCAGCAACAGCAGUCACAGCAGCAGCAGCAACAGCAACAACAGCAGCAGCAGCAGCAGCAGCAGCAGCAGCAGCAGCAGCAGCAGCAGUCUCAGCAGCAGCAACCUCAACAGCAACAGCAACAACAGCCUACUGGCCAGCAGCAGACCCAGAUGCCAGCAGGAAUGGUAUCUUACCCGAACCGUAUCUCCCCCCUGGGUUCCUUCCCCAGCUCCUCCCAGCCUGGCACCCUCACCCCACAGUACCAGAUGGGUGGGGCAAUGGGUACAGGGGUGAGAGGUCCAUACCCAGGAGGUCCACGAGGGCCUUCCCCCAUACCUCCUGGCUCACAGGGGGGAGGACCCUCACCUAUACCUGCAGGUGUUCAGCUUGGUGGUCAGAUGGGAGCUGAUGGCAAACUAAGUAAUGAAAUGUUCUAUCAGGGUCAGAUUAGCAGCCAGUAUAGGAUGAGCCCAGCUCAGCCACCAAGAUACCCCAGCCAGCAGAUGAUGGGACCGGGGGGAAUGAUGCGUCACGUCACCCCAGCUGGCGGCCAGAUAGUUGGCCAACCCGGGCAGAUGAUGCCCCGUCCCCCACCACCUGAAUACCAACAGUUAAUACAACAGCAACAAAUAAUGAACCAACCCAUGCCUCAAACCAUGUCCCAGAUGGGCCAGGGCAUGAACCAGAUGAGCUACCAGGGCAUGCGGCCCAACAUGAGGCCAGGCAUGGUUACCAACCCAAUGGUCAACAUGGGCUCUGGCCAGAUGAUGGGCAACAUGGCACAGCAAACAUUGCCGCCCAACAUGCCCACCAUGAAGCCUAGCAUGGUGCCCACCACCACCAUGAACCCCACCUCCAGUAUGCCCAGCAGCACCAUUGCUGGAGGCACCAUGCCUGCCAUGAGUGUUGGCACCAUGUCAGCCAGCAAUAUGAACAACAACAUGGGGCAGGUGAGCACGGCCGGCACCAUGGGCCUAGUGAGCCGCAACCCAAUGGGUAAUGGUAGCAUCCUGCAGCGACCCAGACCGCCCAAUGUCAACAUUGGUCCGGGUCCCGGUGGCCUCAACAUUGGCACACAGAUGCCGCCAUCCAGGCCGGAGUGGCGGAUUAUGAUGCAGAACAGUCAAGGCAACAUGCAGAUCAUGGGCCCCAUGCGGCCUGGCUAUCCUCAGCAGCAGCCGCAGCAAGGUGGCAUAAUAAACCAACAAGGUCAGCUGAUUGGCAUUCAGCGGCCACCCAGUCAGAUGAUGAAUAUGAUGGCCAUGCAGCAAGGUCCCUCCAUGCAGGGUGGUCCUGGCAUGCAAGGCAAUUCCAGCAUGCAGCCUGGCAUGCAGCCUGGGCCAGGCAUGCAAGGGGGGCCAGGGAUGCAGGGAGGGCCAGGAAUGCAGGGAGGACCUGGGAUGCAAGGAGGACCAGGAAUGCAGGGUGGACCAGGGAUGCAAGGACCUGGGAUGCAGGGAGGACCAGGAAUGCAGGGAGGACCUGGAAUGCAGGGGGGGCCAGGUAUGCCUGGUGGCCCUGGAAUGCAAGGUGGCCCCUCAAUGCAAGGCCCAAGAAUGCAGGCUAACAUGGUGGCCUUGACACAACAGGGACAGGGGCGGAUGGGAAUCCACAUGAGCCAAGCAGGAGGCAUGGGAGGAGGUCAGGUGACUUCCCAAUACCCUGGUCAACAAGGUCAGAUGUCAACGAUGACUCAGAUGCCUCCUGGACCCAAUCAGAUGAUGACCAAUCCCACAGCGCAGGGCAGGAAUCCUGCAGCAAUGGCGAGCAUGACUGGCGCUCGCAGCCCAGCUGCCAUGGCCCAGAUGAGUGGGCCAGGCCAUCCCAUGAGUCCUGCCAACAGGGGCCAGAUGGGAGGUGCCAGUCCUGUCAACAUGGGUCAGAUGAGUGGUCCUGGACAGGCCCCAAGCCCUGCCAACAUGGGAGGCAUGACUCAUCCCAGGUCCCCUGCCACAAUGGGCCAGGUGCAUCCCCGCAGCCCAGCCACCAUGGGUCAGGGUGGGCCAGCCAGACCCUUGAGCAAUCCCGGCAUGGGUCAAGGAGGCCCAGCACGGCCCCUCAGCAACCCAGGCAUGGCUCAGCAGCAGGGUCAGCAGGCCAACCAGACAGCAGGAGGAGGGACGACUAUUGGAGGUCAGACGACAGGCAGUACCCCAGGCCCCAUGAACAGAGGGUCCCCUGGGGGUAUGACACAGGCCACUGCUGGCAUGACCCCUAGUGCCAGUGGACUUAACCAAAACCCCAGUAGUUUAAGUCAAAAUCCUGGUAGCAUGACCCAAAAUUCUAACAGUAUGAACCAAAACACUGGUAGUAUUAACCAAAAUCCUGGUGGUAUGAGUCAGAAUGCUAGUGGUAUGAACCAAAGCCAAAGUGGUAUGAACCAAAAUUCAAGUGGUAUGAACCAAACUCCUGGCGGCAUGAAUCAAGCCACCAGUGGUCCUCCUGGGAGCCGACCAAACCAUAGUCCAAUGAACCAGGUACAGUCAAUCCCUGGUCCGGGUGCAACAGGCUCCCAGACCAACCUUAGUAUGAACAGAGUGAAAAGCGCCAAUGCAACAGUGAACAGUGGGCAGACUGCACCUCAGACCUCAGUGGCCAACCAGCGGCCGGCCAAUGACAGUAAUAACAGUGUACGGACAUCACAACCCUCCACGCCCAAUCCCCCCACCACCACCAGCACCACCCCAGCCACAGACCUUGAUUUUGAUUUUUGUGACUUUGCUUCUCUGAUAAGUGACUGAGAUGGUGGUGUGGCUGGGCUUGGUGCCUCACAUCAGUGCUGUAUAUAUGAAACAUUCCUGUAGAAGUGUUAUAUAAUGUACAGUCUUAAUUAUUAUUUUAUUAAUAGUAGUAGUAACAUUAUUUUAUUUUUAUUAUUUUAACUAUUUUAUCAAAACUACUACUACUACUACCACUAUGAUUAUCAUGAGUAAUUAUCAGUGAAUGGUCCAAGAACUGAAGAAACAAGUAAUUUAGUAUAUUGAUAUAAUCAUGAAGACUUGCCAUAUCAUAUAGUCUUACUGCCAAGUAUUAUGCCCCCUACCACCACAGCAAGAGCAACCACCUGACCACAGUCUCAGUGCUACAGUCUGUUUUCCUAAUGCUGGGCACAGCCAUAGAUUUCACUUCAGCACUCGCCAACAACAUGUCAAGUUUCUUACAGUUUAUCAGUUACACUAUAUUUCCUUCUUUAAAACAAACACUGAAAGGUGUCAUAAUAAAACAAGAAUUUUCUCCUUCAACCCAGUCAGCAGCAUUAUAGAGUUUUUAGUAUUGGGUUUUCUCUUGAUGUGGUAAAGGACUAUGGUCUUGACAGGAUGACAAUGUGCCUCAUUGAAAAGCAUGUGUAAGCUGGAUGCAAUCAGGCAGAUGUAACCACAUUUCCUUUCCAUGACAUGGGCCUUGGAGUUCAGAGAUAUAAUUAUUGGAGUAGUAUUCAUAUUUGUACUGCUGAGAAUGAACAGAUAAAUUUAUAACAAUUGUUACACGUCGGCUUUUGUAGUGUGUUCUGUUCUUGUUUUAUUUCAAUGACAACCUGAACUGCAAGGCCUUAUUUGUGCCAAGUAUGUGUACAAAACAUGAUUUUAUUACAUGAACAAAUCCUCUUCAAAACUGUCUUGUCUUGUGUUGUGUCUGAGUGCUGCUCCCUCCCUCCACCUUCCCUUAAGCUCCAGCAGCAAGUCUGUAGCUGUGUACUCUGGUGUAGGUGGUUCUGUAAACUUUUCAUCACUGUUGAUUAGCUUCACAAAAUACAGAUCAUGAUCUUUUGAUUAAUGCAUAUGUGUGUGUGUGUAUGUACACACACACACACACACACACACACACACACACACACACACACACACACACACACACACACACACACACACUUUUCUGGGUAAAAUUCUUGCCAUCAUUAUGUUACUGUUUCUUAGUCCUCUCCUUAUCUGAUGGUGAGGCUCUGCCACUACCACUGGCUCUGGCCUUGGUGGUGGUACUUCACAAGGUGCUCUGUGUUCAGGCACUGUAGAGAGGGGAACAAAGAACAGGAUUUUGUAACCAAUCAAUUACAAAAACUUCUGUGUCUGUCUGUCUCUGUAUUUGAAAAGGCUUAUUUAUUGAAUUUGACAUUAUUCCCUCCCAUCCCCUUUAUUCCCAAGAUUUGGUUUCACUUCUUGCAAAUUGAAGUGCAAUGCUAAUAUUAUAGUGAAGCAUGUCUUAUUUUCACCAUCACACUUUGCAUCUGUCUUGGCACUGAUGGCCAUGGACAGGACAGGUGCAACCAUAUGUUGCUUGUCAGUGCCGUGAUGAGUCACCAGUAUUAUCGCAGACCUCCAGCACACUCCACUUGAUACUUUUCCCUAUUGAUUUUUCCAGAACAAUUGUCUAUGCAGUAUUAAUACCAAUGUUUGUUUCCUCAUUUUUUAAGUCUUUGUACCCAAAAGGAUCACCUAUGUAGAAUUAUCUUUUUAAAGUAUUUAAAAAGAUUUGGAGAUAGGCAUGAAGAAGCAUCAUUUCACACUGAAAGAAACACAAAACUGUAAACUAUUUUUAUAUACAUAUGACUUGUGCAGCAUAGGACAAGGAAGACUUUGUGCUGAGCCUGCAAUAUUGUAUCAAAUUCCUGUCACUGAGAAAAAUGUCUGUUGGUUU